AUGGCUCCCUCGUCGAGGCUGGCGACGUCGUCGAUGGCGGUGGAUCAUUCAACAGUCGCCGCCGCCGCGCCCCCGAGUCACGUCAACGAGCCGCACCACGACCCCGACCACGACCACGACCACGACCACCACGAUCACGACCAAGUCCACGACGUACGACAUACACUCCGCAAACUCGCUCUUUCAACUUGGCAAGACCACCAACAGGAUGUCAUCGACAGUCACAGGUGGCUCGAAGGCUUUCUCGAAUCGGUGCAGUUGGCGCACACCCAGGCCGCGCAUCAGGGCAUAAAGUCAGUCCAGUCCACUGCCUGGCGCGUCAUGAUCGUCGAGCGAGGCAUGUAUAACUAACUCGGAGUCUCACACAGGCCUGCCAUGUCUGAGUUGAUGAAGACGCCGGGAAGGAAACGCACCGCCGCGAACCAUGGCUCGGCGCUGCAGCAGAACAACCAACAUUCGCUAGGAUCCGCGGCCCGUCACUCAACGAAGGACCCCGUCGCGACCUUGCUCUUCCCCAACGCCGCCCAGCCCCGUUUCCUGCACCAAGGAGGCAAGGAGAAUUCGCUCCGUCUGUCGCCCGCACCACGAUCCCCACUUGGAUCGCCCCGAGGCUCACCCGGCGGUUCCGCCGCACCACCGUCGAGAAUCGCCCAAGCCAAGAGCCCGCUGCGCACCGCUUCCCCUCGCCCGGCUUUACUCAAGUCGACCCAGGCCGUCAGGACCUUGUCCGCCAUUUCGGCCAUGUCGCCACCUACUUCAGCGGGCAAGAUGGCCAUCGACUUCGCCAUGGACAUUGACUCGCCCGCCCGGCCAAGCAAGACUUCCUCAGCUUCAUCAAAGUCAAAAUCUGCAUCCAAGGCUACAGCCGAGCCGGCCACCCCGGUGCUUUCAUCGAGCAAGUCGUAUGCGAUGCAAGAUGAAGAUGACGUCGUAUUCGAUGCCAUCGCUGCCGCCGCUGCCAUGGAACAGGAUGACGUUCCCUUGGAGUCUGAAGCCGACCUCGAUGACCAAGAGGACGCCACCGCGGUUCUGGACGCAGCGGCGAAUGCGGAACUUUCGAUGAUUGGCGAGGAAGAGGAGGAACUCGAGGAUGAUCAUCGAUCUAUCGCCGAAUCGUACCGGACCGCCGUGUCCCAAUAUCCAGGGUCGAUCAUCUCCACCGCAACUUCGUCGCAGGCGUCUGCGCCUCGUCUGUCCACUGGCAGAUCACAAGGCUCACAGAGGGUCGUCUCGUCUUCGGCAUCAUCGAUCGCCGAGGAAGCCGAUGCCGACACGGCCGUGCCCCUCAACGAUGCGCCUUCGUCCUUGCGCAACGCCACGGCUACUCCUUUGGCCUCGUCCACCUCGUCGUCCCAUCCUCCUCCCUCGACUGGCACGACGCAGACACCGGGCGGAGGCGCCGCCUCAACCUUCUCGUACAGCGUCGGCUCCUACUCGGCCGCCAAAGUCGGUUCGCUCGGUCUCGGUAACUCGCCCCAGGCGUCAAACGCGUCGCGCAAGUCGAUUGGCAAUAACGGACCGCCUAAGCCGCUCAAGUUCGUCUCGAUUCCCAAGAAGAGCCUUGGCCUUGGACUCGUGCGCAACUGGGCGACGUCCUCGGCGACGACAGACUCGCAACAGUCUUUGAACUCGCAAGCCUCGUCGAUUGGUCAAGUCUUGUCUUCUGCAGCGACGACCACGACCGCGACAGGUGCUACGAAGCGCAAGUCGAUGAACGACGAUAGCACGGCUCCACCCAGCAAGCGAAUGGAUGCGGAGAGCGCAACCAGUCCUCCUGCGGCGAGUGGCGUCAACAGUCUGAUGAACCGCAUGAGGGAGAUGCAGUCGCGCCAGAGCACGGUUUCGGGAGUGUCGUCGAGGCUGAGUGGGAUCAGUGGCUCGAGCUCGUUCGUUCACAAGCCGCUUUCGAAUAACCUCUCGCUCAGUGUCGCCGCGAUGUCGACGACGACCACCAAUGGGACCGCACCUUCUGCUCCAGCUACUUCCGUGGCUCAGACUCAAGCUCCCGCUUCUGUACCCGCUAUUUCUGCGCCGGCCCCACGACCCUCGGUGAUGGAUCGAGUCAAGUCUUUCGAGCGCACGGCCUCACCAACUUCGACCUCGACCGCUUCGAGGCUACCUCUCUCUCCCUCGCGUCUCGGACGUGCAAUGAGUCCCGUCACUCGCUCUGCGACCGCCAUGGCGAACACGAUCUCCCCACCUCAAUCACCUCGAAUGGGGAUGGCUUCGUCGACGUUCGGUCAAUCCAUGUCGAAGAUCGCUUCGCCCCCUACUACCGUUCCUACGGCACUUGUUCGCUCGCCUCGGAUCGCCGCUGCUGCAGCCAAGAUCGUCUCUCCCUCUCCUUCCUCACCCGUCAAAACGACGACGACGACGACGACGACGACGACUCGUUCUUCCCCUGCCGUGCAACCCAAGAGUCCUGCUCGUGUGGCGGACAUGGCAAUGCACAAGAUGCGAAUCAGUACGACGCCCAAGGAAUCCCCACCUAACAAGCCUGCCACUACUACUACCACGACUACGAAGAUGACGAACAUGUCCGCAUUGAUGAAGGACAUGGACGACGUCGCUUCGUCGAGGUUGAACUCGCCUGUCGUUAAAACGUCAAAGAGUGGGCUGGGCAAGUCGACCCAAACGAGGUACGAGGAUGAAGAGGACGAGGAAAUGGUGCGUGAUGAUGAAGACGAUGAUGAAUUGUUGGGGCAACUCCCCCCUAGAUUGGAGCAUGAUGAUGCGGAUGAUGAGAGUGACGGAGAGGGGUACGGUCGCGGAAGGACCGUAGUGAGUCAAGGACAGGGCAAGUUGGCUGUGGCGAUGGAUGCGGAGGGUGGGGCGUUGAAGAAGAGUCAGAGUAAGACGGUCAUGCCGGGGACGUUUGGAGCGGAGGAUGAGGAGGAGGAAGAAGGGGAUCGCUCGAUGGAGUACUCUGAGCCGACCAAGUUUAAGGUAGGCCCAAUCACUUGCGAGGUAUUGUCUAGUUCACCUUUGCUGACAAGGUGUACAUCUUCACAGCCUACGCACUACGCGGGCACUUCGUCGAUCCGUCAACCCACAUUGCAAAAGAAGAGCUCGCACUCGUCGCUCGCUUCGUCCCAAUCCUCCCAAGCGCCUUCCCGACCCGGUUCAGCGAUGUACGGUUCCGUCAAAGGCACCAACAACGCCUCGGUCUCAUCGCACAUUAAAUCCGUGCAAGCCGCCGAACGCGCGCGCCAAAAGCAGCAAGAGGAAGCCGAUCGCAAGAACGCGCAAAAGCUCGAGGUGCAGAACAAGCGCGCCGAGAUGGCGCAGAAGAAGAAGGCGGAGGAGGAUAGGGUCAGGAGGGACGAGUUGGAACGGAGGAGGAAGGAGAGAGAGGAGAGGGAACGUAAGCUCAAGCAGCAACGACCGGAGACGAAGAAGACGACGACGACGACGACGCAAUCGCAGCCGUCGCAGUACCCCGGUUCGAGUGCACCUCUGCGUCCUUAUCCAUCGACAACGUCUUCGAACCUCAAUUCGAGUCAACCUCGACCACCCAAUGGAGGAUUGAGUGCUUCGCAGCCUUCAAACCAUCGACAGAUGCCCGGGGCCUCAUCGUCAACCUCUGCAACAGCAUCAUCCUCGAUGAUCGGCGUCAAGUACAUGGUACCGAACCCUUCGAAUCUCGGUGCCUCGAGCAGUGCCCCACCUCGAGCGAUCGCCCCACCCCAAUUCGCUACGAAGGCCUUCGCCCCACCUCAACCCCCUCGCAUCGUUGCUCCCCCACCCCAAGCCGAGCCAUACCAAGAACUUCCCGAGAUCGAUUCCGAAUACUCCGAUUCUGGCGACGAAGAAGCCCGUGCGGUCAAAAUCGCCGCGAUGCCAGGUUGGGCCCAGUCGCCUGCGCUAGCCGCGGCAUUGUACGCGCAACAACAGAUCAACCCGAGGGAUAUCUUUGGUCCGAUCCCGCCUUUGCAGAUGCAUGAGAUCUUCAGGAAUGCAAACCUGACGCGGUUGACGAGGAGGACGAGUUCGGCGUGUUGGGAGGGGACGGACGCGUUGACGGCGGAUGAUCUGAGGAGGUAUGAGGCGAGGAUGGGGUAUACGAGACAGUCCGUUUCGGCUCAGGCUGCGAGGCAGUAA